AUGUCAAUGACGUCAACAACAAAUUCAGUCAAACAACGUAAAUUAAAUGAUUUACGUGUUGUUGAUUUACAACGUGAACUUCGUUCAUUUAACAUAUCUUAUGAUAAAAAAGAACUUAAAGGAUCACUUCUUGAAAAAUUACGUCAAGCUUUACUUAAUCGAAAUCUUGAUCCUGACAAUUAUCAUUUUGAUAUUUCUACUGAUCUUAAAUCAAUAUCAUCAGAUGAAAAUAAUCGAAGUCAUGAAGAAAAUAGUUCCCAUGAAAUAAACACUUCAGAAACAUCAACGAUGGAGGUCGAUUCGAAACAACGAUUAAAUAAUGAAAAUCCAGUGCAAACAAAUACAACAACAACAACAACAAUGUCAUCAUCAUCAUCAUCAUCAUCAUCAUCACCACCACCAAUGAAAAUUUCGACAACAACAACAUCAUUAACAAAAGAUAUAGACGAUGAACAAAAUGAUCAAACAAAUCGUAUGGAUACAAUGGAUUUGAAACAAAUUGUUGAAGAUUGUGAUAAUAAUAAUAAAAUUUUAACAAUUAAACAAUUACCAACAAAUCAAGAAGAUGAAAAUCAUAAUGAUAAAAUUGAUCAUGGUCUUAUACAAGUAUCCUGUUCAUCAUCAGAUGAAGAAUUAGAUACAAAUAAUCAAAUACAACAAACAACAAAUAAGAAUUUUUUUAAUCAUACUACAGAAUCAAUAACAACAACAACACAACACCACCAACAACAACCACAACAAACAUCAUUCGAACAUUCACAUGGUGAAGACGAACAAUAUACAACAACACCAACAAAUCUUUCGACUGAUAAUGAUAAUCUAUUGAAAAGUGAAACUAAUCGACAAGAAUCAUCAGAUGAACAACAAAAAAAAGAUAAUACAAAUAAAUUAAAUAAAGAUGAUUGUUAUCUUUGGGUAUCAAAUAUUGCCAAAGAAACUCAUGCAUCAGAUCUAAAAGCAUUAUUUUCAAAAUAUGGAAAAGUUUUAACAACAAAAGUUAUUGGAUCAAGUUCAUCUCAAUGGUUUGGAUAUAUUCAUUUAGCAACAUCAGAUGAUGUUGAAAAAUGUAUUCAUGCAUUACAUCAAACAGAAUUACAUGGAAAAAAAAUUUAUGUUGAUCGAGUAAGUUUAUAA